AUGAUAUCUACAGACCUGGCUAUGGGGAUCAUCUUCCUGUCCCAGACUGCACUGGGAAUUUUGGGGAACUCAGCCUUGCUUUGCUGUUUAAUCAUCAGCGAAUUCUCUGUUAAGAGGGCCAGGCCUACAGACCUAAUUGUCAAACACCUGACCAGUGCUAACUUCAUGGUUCUGCUCUGUAAAGGAAUCCCUCAGACAUUGGCUGCUUUGGGUUGGAAAUAUUUUCUCAAUACCAUUGCAUGUAAAAUAGUUUUUUAUUUUCAUAGAGUUGCCAGAGGAGUAUCCCUUGGGUCCACAGCCCUCUUAGGUUUCUUCCAGGCCAUUAUUAUCAACCCUAGGAAUGCCAAGUACAAGUAUUUCAAAGCCACAGACCACAAGGUAAUUGGGACUUCUCUCAGCCUGUGUUGGUCCCUGCAAAUGAUGGUAAAUGGCUUCAUUCCUGUGCUCAUGACAGACUUGAGGGAUGCAAAAAACGUCACUGGUUUUAGAGAUUUGCUAUACUGUGCUGUGCCCAAACCUAGCUAUGCCUUCUAUGUUAUCUUAUUGAGCUCCUCUGAUGUCAUGUGUUUGGUUCUCAUGAUAUGGGCCUGUGGUUCCAUGGUGCUUGUCCUGCUGAAGCAUAAGCAGAGGCUCCAAUAUAUGCAUAGAGUUCUGUGUCCCAAAUCAUCUCCUGAGACAAGAGCCACCCAAACCAUCCUUGUCCUAGUGAGCAGUUUUGUGUUCUUUUAUACAGCAUCUGGUAUCUUAGUCAUGUGCUUAACUUUAGUAAAUGGAGCCACAAGGCAUUUGGUGAAUACCAGUGCAGCAACAGCUGCUUGCUUUCCGGCAUUGUGUCCCUAUCUUCUCAUCAGACACUACACCCCAGUUUCCAGGCUCUGCUGUACUUGCUAA